AUGGACAACCGCACAGCCCCUGACGCGCCUGUGAAGGAGAAGCGCACCAAGGGCUACGUCAAGUUCAAGGAGUUAACGGUCGACCGGGAGACAUGGGACGCGCUGGUGCCGUACAUGGAGGACGCGACCGUGGAGAAGGUUCGGGUACACCACAGCGAGGAUGGGGCAAAGGUGUACACCUUUGAAGCUGGCUUAUCGAACAGUGAAAAAAAUAUGAUCAUGAGGGCAUUAGGGCGUGAGACAUGGAAGCAACCGGAGGAGCUCGGGAGCGACCAGUGGAUGGUCUGCCAGAGAACUGUGCUGCUCAUCCAUGAGCUGAAGAAGAGUAAAAUGUGUCCCAUUACAGGGAGAGAUCAGACCCUGGACGCGUGGCACACCAUGAUGAUCUACAUGGUCCAAAAUUUGUAUUCUGCAGAGCACCGUUUUGGUGGUUUAUGGGCCACCAUUACAGUUCAAGUCUUAACCCAGUUUAGUGCCCAGAUUGGACAGCCCUGGAAAUGGGUGUGCCAGUUGGACACCAGGGCCAAACUUUCGAUCGGUGACAUCCAGAACAUGCAUGACAUUACGGUGAAACUGACAGACCAGUGGUUCGUGUCGGAUUUCGGGCGGCGCAUGCCCAGGAAGCUAAGAGGCAAUUGGAUCAUCCCUCAUCAUGUCAAAUUGAGAGUAAAAAUCAAGGAAGCUACCGCUUUCAUGUCUGCUAUGUUUAAGCUGGAUUUUAAAAUUCCAGCUAAUGAUAUGGGAAUAAAGAUUCAUGAUGGUGAUUACGCUGCUCUCGGAGAUUUUCAGAAUGGUCUCGAAAUUUACCUUCAAGACAAUGGCCUGAAUGACAGGGGACACAGUAAUCUGCUGCCAUCUGGGGCCAUUAUGCAUAAAGAGACUGGCUUAUUAUGGCAUGCGUUUCCUGCAUUGAACAUGGACCUCCUCUCCCGCCUCAAAUCGCAGCUGGCCUUGUUGGAGAAGAGUCUGGUUGGAAAUGUCCUGGGUUACGAGGAGCUGGAUGAAGAUGAUUACGAGGAGCUGGGAGUACUUGAGUUUCUCGAUAAACCCCAAUUACUGCAGGAAGUGGAGGCUGCUUUAAGAAAUAAAUAUGUAUCAGCUCUUCCCAAGGACCAGGGGCGAACAUUUCAUAUUGGAUUUCAACCUACAGGUGUCAAUGAAGCCAUGGAACGUACCAAAGCCCUCAAAAAAACAGCAAUGGACCUGCAUGUCAAAGACUAUGAAAGCAUGAGUGCAUCAGCACUCGUUGCUGCCAUAGAGCCAUUAAUGGUGUGCUGCUACGAUAUUCUAAGGCUCAGAGAAAAACUUGAGUGCUGCAAGGGCAAUGAUGAUGCACUGGUAAUAUUGGUAGAGGAUGCGAGGCAAGUGCAAGCUGUGGGUCUUUUUGGCCAGCGAUACGCCUCGCUCGAGGAACCACAGGAUGGUCAUAAGCUUUUUCUCCGAUUCGACCCUGUGGCUUUUUGGUGGUUUUCUACAUUCGAGUUGCCACUGGUGCUAAGCUAG